AUGGAAGAACUUUACGUGGCCAACACAAUCUUUGCUCUCAAUUUUUUCAAGCAUCUGGCAAAUACCAGCGCCUCCCAGAAUCUCUUCUUCUCGCCAUGGAGCAUCUCAUCCACCAUGGCCAUGGUCUACCUGGGAGCUCGGGGUAACACUGCAGACCAGAUGGCCAGAGUGCUUCAGUUUAACAAAGUUGGAGCCUACGAAGCGAACCGAGGAACCCCCUGGAACUUUACUGGUUGUGAAUUCACACAGCAGGUCCAGAAGGGCACUUACCCUGAUGCUAUUUUGCAGGCCCAAGCUGGAGAGAGAAUUCAUUCAUCCUUCAGGUCGCUCAGCUCAGCAAUCAACUCAUCCACAGGGGAGUAUUUAUUGGAAAGCGCCAAUAAGCUGUUUGGAGAUAAGUCUGCAGGCUUCAAGGAAGAAUACGUGCAACUUUCUAAGAAAUAUUACUCUACAGAACCCCAGGCUGUCAACUUCUUAGAAUGUUCAGAAGAAGCCAGAAAAAAGAUUAAUGCUUGGGUGAAAACUCAAACCAAAGGUAAAAUUCCAAACUUGUUACCUGAAGGUUCAGUUGAUGUGGAUACCAAGAUGGUCCUGGUGAAUACUGUCUACUUCAAAGGAAAAUGGAAAACUCCAUUUCAGAAGAAAUUAAAUGGGCUUUAUCCUUUCCGUGUGAACUCGACUCAACGCAAACAAGUGCAGAUGAUGUAUUUGCAACAAAAGCUGAACAUUGGCUACAUUGAAGACUUAAAGACUCAGAUUCUAGAACUCCCCUAUGCUGGAGGUGUCAGCAUGUUCCUGCUGCUUCCAGAUAAAGUUGGUGAAUCGUCCACUGGCUUGGAGUCGCUGGAAAAAGAAAUAACCUAUGACAAACUCAACAAGUGGAUCAGCAACGACACCCUGGCUGAAGAUGACGUUGAGGUGUACGUGCCCCGGUUCAGACUGGAAGAACAUUAUGAGCUCAAACCCAUUCUGAGCAGCAUGGGAAUGGAGAAUGCCUUCAGCAGGGGCCAGGCCAACUUCUCGGGCAUGUCAGAGCGGAACGACCUCUUUCUGUCCCAAGUCUUCCAUCAAGCCACCGUGGACGUAAACGAGGAGGGCACCGAGGCGGCGGCCGGCACCGGCGCUGUGAUGACAGGGAGAACUGGCCACGGGGGUCCACAGUUCGUGGCCGACCAUCCUUUCCUCUUCUUCAUCAUGGACAAAGCAACCAUGAGUACCCUGUUUCUGGGGAGAUUUGCUUCACCCUAACAUGGGAAGUCUCCAGUUGCACAGCAUGUUGUAAGUCGUUAGCCUCAGAAUGGCUAAACAUGUCAAAAGUUUGGAGACUUUUCCCCAGCAUACUUCUGUUUCUCUGUGCAGCUUCUGUGAUAUACUAACUACAAGGCCCAGAAUCACUAGACAGUGUCAGCUGUAACAGUGCAACUCUUUUAAUCACUUGGUCCCCUAAAAUGGGAGUACCAUUUAGU